AUGUUUUCCUCUGCGUUUUUCGUAACCUUUUUUGUUCUCGGCUCAGCCUUUGAGUGCAGGUUUAAUGCAACAGUGAAUCAAGAAAAACUUCAGGUUCAUCUUGUACCGCAUACCCAUGAUGAUGUAGGAUGGCUGAAAACUGUAGAUCAAUAUUACUACGGACUUAAGAACUACAUUCAACAAGCAUGUGUACGGAAUAUUUUAGAUUCCGUUAUCUCUCAGUUACGUGAAAAUCCUUCCAGACGGUUUAUUUACGUAGAAAUUGCAUUUUUUGAGACAUGGUGGAACGAGCAAAGCGACGCCAUGAGAGCGGAAGUGAAGAAACUAGUUCAAGAAAAAAGGCUGGAGUUUAUAAACGCAGGUUGGUGCAUGAACGAUGAAGCUGCCACACAUUACAACGCAAUUAUUGAUCAAAUGACUUAUGGACUGAACUUUGUAGAAAAGACAUUUGGAUCGGAUGCAAGACCUCGAAUAGCCUGGCAAAUCGAUCCAUUCGGUCACUCAUCUGAACAAGCAUCAAUCUUUGCACAAAUGUCAUUCGACGGAUUGUUCUUUGGCCGUAUCGAUUACGCUGACAAAAACCUUCGUCUGAAGCAGCAAACGAUGGAAAUGGUUUGGAGAGGAAGCAGAAAUCUUGGACAAGAUUCUGAUAUUUUCACUGGGGUACUUUAUAAUGUUUACAAUCCACCUAAAGGUUUUUGUUAUGACCAAUUUUGCCAUGAUAGCCCAAUCCGAGAUGACCCUAAUAACAAUGAUAACAAUGUCAAGGACACAGUGGAAAGAUUUGUUCAAACAGCAUGCGAGCAAGCCUCACACUACAAAACAAACCAUAUCAUUUUCACGAUGGGUUCAGAUUUUAUGUACGAAAACGCUAACUUAUGGUACACGAAUCUGGAUAAGCUGAUUAAAUAUGUAAACCAGGUAUGUGCAGUUUAGCUUUCUCCAUGCCAAGAUUCAAAUUCCUGCAUUUGACAGCUGGGGAGUAGCUGUUAACUCUCCAGGGGUACGUACAGCUCAUAUGUCUCUUGGGGGAUGGUCUUACAAGCGUGUCCUUCGGACACGAGGCGGGGGGGGUGCUCCUUUAUAUAAGCGAUAUAGGUGUAUGCCGUCCAAAAGGGUAGGGCUUUAACGCGGUUUUGGUCUGAAAACGGGUAUGGUUUACGAAGGAGCUACGGUUGUGAAUCAAUGUGUUCGUCGUUUCAAUUGCAAAUUUGAAUGAAUAAGAAUAGCCUGUUCCAGGCGUUAAUUGAGCGCGGCGGUCAGUGGAAGCGAGUUAAAUUGUACACCAGGAAAAAAGGGAGGAGGAACGAAGGGGGGGUAAGAGUGAAGGAACACCUGUAAAUAUUCGUAACAAAGGUUGGUUCGGGUAUACUGGAUUUCAGUAUACCCUCUUAUUGGUCGAUUAUGACACCUUUUGCUAACUCUGGAGCAGUGAUGACACAGGGGCGAAUCUAGGGGGAGGGUGCAGGGGGUGCGCACCCCCCCCCCCCCUGAGAUGACCUGCGGUUUUCUAAUACAACUGGCAUUCUGCAAAAAAAAACUAUGUGGUUUAUUGGUGUUGAGGUAGAGCAAGAGACGAGUGCACCCCCUCCUAAUAAAAAUCCUGGAUCCGCCCCUGUGACAUUGAUGAAGAAUACGACAUGGAGUGAGAGAGACGUCUGUUAUCGAAUCACGUAGACAUCGAAACUGCUAUAAACAAUGCAAUCGAGAAUUUCCUGUAUGUGGAAUCUUUUCGUGAAGAGCAGAAAAUUUGCCGAGGCCAGGACGUUUUCGCAAUUCUUCCAAAGGGCUCUGGGAGACCUUCAUUUUUCUACUCUUUCCACCAAUGAUGAACGUAAUCUCGAAUAAUCAAAGGAAAAGUUGGCGAGUCAAUUUCCACGAUGAUCAUCGUUGCACCUCUCGUAGCCAUAAUGAAACCAAGCUUAAGCGAUUUGGAAUAACAGCAGCAACAGCCAUAGGUUGGGCGCAGGAGGAAGGCAUGGACGAAGACACGGCAUUGUGGAAGGAAGGUGUCCAUGUGAGAUCAUUUAUGGAAGCCCAAAAAGGCAAAAACAUCGGGUGUUACGAAAACUAAGACCCUCGAAAACGAAGACCUAAGACCUAAGACCCGUCUUAGUUUUCGAGAUUACGAAAACUAAGACCCCCUAAAAUCGAAUCCGUCGAAAUAUAAAGUCAAAUUGUAACCGAAAUAGGUCUGAUCUGUCAAAUUAUAUCAUGUUCGAUCCUUUCCACCGAGUUUUAGGUCAAAUUCAACGGUAAAUUUAGGGGUCUUAGUUUUCGUAAUUACGAAAACUAAGACCCCCACCAAAACAAUCUCUAACAUUUCUACAAAGUCGAAUUACGACCGUUUGAAGACUAUAAUCCGUAAGACAAAAAUUACUAUCACACGCGUGCUGAUCUACGAUCCGCUAACAAUUUGAAGACUCGCUUAAAAAAGAGGACCAAAGCGAUAGACUUCCUACAGAUCUAUUGUACACUGAAAAUAUGCCUUACCCCUGUUGGCCUUUAAUUUUGUUGUUUAUCCUUUAAAUCAUGAAAUUGGCUUUCCACUGGAGAUGGAUGUUUUUCUUAGUGUCUCUGCGAUCGAGAUUGCGUUACCUGUAACUAUCACCUGAGGGGGUUUGUGUCCACCGCUUGUCGUGGACAAUAUUGAUAAUGUAUGUCUGCAAAUUUGUGAGCAGAAGCGGAUCGUCUAGCACGCGUGUGAUAGUAAUUUUUGUUUGUCUUACGGAUUAUAGUCUUCAAAGGGUCGUAAUUCGACUUUGUAGAAAUGUUAGAGAUUGUUUUGGUGGGGGUCUUAGUUUUCGUAAUUACGAAAACUAAGAGGGGUCUUCGUUUUCGUAAUUACGAAAACUAAGACCCCUAAAUUUACCGUUAAAUUUGACCUAAAACUCGGUGGAAAGGGUCGAACAUGAUAUAAUUUGACAGAUCAGACCUAUUUCGGUUACAAUUUGACUUUAUAUUUCGACGGAUUCGAUUUUAGGGGGUCUUAGUUUUCGUAAUCUCGAAAACUAAGACGGGUCUUAGGUCUUAGGUCUUCGUUUUCGAGGGUCUUAGUUUUCGUAACACCCAAAAACAUCUUAUUAGAAAGGUUAUUUAGCCGCAAUAAAAAGAUUAAUGUUCUAACAGAUGUCACAGAAAAUCAGUACUUAACUGCAUCUAGAAUCAAUUCAGAAACAACCCGCAGGAAAUAAUUGCCCAGUAUGCAUGACUGACCGUCUUAAUGUUUGACUCAGAGCGGCAGAAAUUAGAUUUGCUUAGUGCGUUAAAAGAAGGAAAACCUAUGAUGUUGUUUAUGGAAACUAACUCAAAGGUCACGUUUCACAAUAUCACGAGCUUAUGGGUCUUGUCUAGUCUGUCAACACUUUGUAGUUCAUGUCAUAGUUACGCGGUCGGCGGUCAAUUAAGGGUGGAAAGAGCUCUGUAACGAAAUGUUUACUGGUGCUCCCUCCCUCUUCCCCCCUCUAGUCUCCCCUCGUUUUUUUUCUUCGUCAAUUUUUCUCCCGCACCCUACUAUCUGAACGUCUGGAACAGGCUAGAAUAAGAAAGGAAGGGUAAUUGCGAAUUCGAAAUUGAUUUUAAGAAAUCUUUUGCGGUUUUAAUCUCAGCAAUGAUGACAUAAUUUCUGUUUUAUGUAAACAUGUAAUGUUGCGUUUUGUGACCACCUCUGACGAAAACGCCCGCAAUGUAUGCUAGCAUUUUAGAAUGUUGCAUGUUGAAAAAUUGGGAAUGCACAAUGCAUUUUGUUUUGAGAAAAAAAAAAAAAGAACUUCUGACAAUGGUUUAAAGCGGGAUUCAUAGGAAUUGGAUUUUGUCUCAAUGAGUAUCUUGGUCUGGCUACAGCUAUGAGAAUAGUGAUGCGAACAUUAAGUGUGACGGCAAAACUCAAGAGUUAGCAUCAGUAGUGCUGUCUGAGCAGAAUCAGCAGUUUUUUUGGGCAGUAAAAGGGCAACAAAAUUUAAUAAAUGCGUCAUGAAUAAAAUGCGUGGGAAACUUGUUUAAUUUUUGCUGACUAUGUUCAGGCAAGUACUAGUAAUGACGUCACAACACCAUAAGGUCCAUUUGACAGUUUAGCAAGCCCAUUAGAAACGGCUAAUGUCCUCUAUUUAGCGCUAAAAAUCGGAUAUAUGUAAACAGAACACACACACAUACACAAAGUGGAGCUGAAACCUCUUUAUCUCAAUUUUGCAACAAUAGAAAUGUGGUGGUGAUGGUGGUGGAGAGAAAAAUAAACUGCCCAAAAAAACUGCUAAUUCUGCUCAGACACCACUAGCGGCAUCGUGUUUAAUCGAAAUAUCCAGUCAGUCAGACCGAAUCAUUUUUGCCAGCUUAGUGUAAAGUAUAGAAUUAUGAUAAACCUGACAACGUACAGCUAAAUUUUACACUACAGGAUUAGCUCAAAUAGUAGAAAACUGGCCCCAGUUGUUCAAACGGUGGAUUAAGCUAUCCAUCGGAUAAAUCAUUAUCCAUCGGAUAGUGCAAUUGGUUUUCCUAAUAUUUGUCCACAUAGCGCUAUCUAUCGUUUAGUAACUGUCUUUACCCUGCAAACGGUCUGACCUUUGUGCAGCUGGCUGAUUACCUCGUAGAAAUGGUGGUACCGUGUCUACAUACAACGACACUUUUUCAUAAUGUUGCCGUCAAUUUUGUUGAGUUCUCCAAAUAAUACGUUUAACUAUGUUAUUUUCGUCUCCAUUAUUUUUUUUUUUUUAGGACGGCCGUGUGAAUACCUUCUACUCUACACCGACACUUUAUUUGGAUGCUCUUCACAGUGCUGAUCAGACAUGGGAAUUGAAGACUGAUGACUUCUUUCCAUAUGCAGACUGUCCACACUGUUACUGGACUGGUUAUUUUACCAGCCGACCAGCACUUAAACGAUAUGUCAGACUCAACAACAAUUUGCUUCAGGUACUAAAACUCUACUGCAGGGAACAGGUAUAAAUCUUCUUGAGAUAGCUAUCUGAAUCAUGAAUACCUUUGGAUUUUUUUGCGUCCAGUUGGUUCUUUAGCUAGGUUGUUAAUACGAUACUAAAAAAUCGUGACACUUCUACUUUAAGGUUCACUCCACUGAAAGUUUGAGUAUUGUAGCGUUAGGAGAACCCGCGGCUACCCCUCUUAGUGAGUCACGUGACAUAUGACGUAAUACCUAUGUGCGAGCAAGUUAAGAAAAGACUGUGUAACUUGUAGCGGAUUAGAACUGUUGUUUAUACCGCCUCGUUUUAUCUGAGGAUUUUGGCGUUCAGAGUGUAAACUGUGCACGUCGUAAAAAAGGGGGAGGGCAUGUUUAAAGUGAAUUUUUGGGACCAGUUACUUGUCUUCCCAAACGCUUUUAGGUCUGUAAGCAACUGGAAUUAAUGACCGGAUCUGGAAUGGACACUAGUGGCCACUCUUCGGAUACUCUGCGUCGAGCUAUGGGAGUAGCUCAACAUCAUGAUGCUGUGAGUGGUACUUCCAAACAGCAUGUGGCUGAUGAUUAUGCCAAACGACUCGCCAUUGGUGCUGCUGAAUGCCAGGUAUAUAAUUUAACGCUUUAGGAAGCAUUUUAAAGUGGACACAUUUUAAGCGUGUUGUUUGAUAACAUUCAACAAAUAUACAUGACCUUCUAUGAACUUGAUAGGUAGAAGGGGUAUAGCUAGGAAUUUGAGAGGUUUGUACAGUUUUUUCAUUUUGUUAGGGUAAACACUCUUAGACGUAGCUCCCUUUUCUUGAAACAACAGCGACGGCCUUCGCGUGUUCGCCUGUGGCAAAAUCAUGGAAACACUGCAUUUGAAAAGCCCGUAAUGUGGAGGUACUUUCUCAUUUAUAGCUUAUUUUCCUUCCUCUAUUUUUUCGCCUUUGUUGUUGUUGUUGUGGUAUGUAAAAGUGACGCAACGUCUAUGGAUAUCGGCAAACAUCUUUCAAAUUGGUCAACUCUCGCUGGUUAUUUAACAGUUAUUCCUCAAGCCCGAAUGGGCUCUGAGUCAAUAGCCCAUGAGGCCGAAGGCCGAAUGGGCUAUUAACUCCGAGGCCAUGAGGGCUGGAGGAAUAAUUGUUUUACUAAAAUCCAACUAGUUGGUCUAAAAUAUCGAGACAAAACAACUUUAGCUGGUUAAAGCCAGACUUGAAGCCAUUGUUUUGAAUUUCAAAGCUGGCGCUUUUCGCUACUAGUAGGCUAUAACAUAUAGCUUAGUGGUAGCUCAGCCAAUCAGAACGCAGCAUUAAUAAUAGACCACUAGUUGGAUUUUACUAAAAAGAAAUAGCGGCGGCUCAGUAGAAUCAGAUAAGAAUAAUAUUUUGAAUGAUUGAUAACAAGCUUUAAUUGUUUGUGUGUUGUUUGUAGGACUUGAUCGCUGAUGUCCUCGGCAAAUUUACAGUGAAAAACUCUGGAACUCAACCCCCUGAUUUGAAGUUCUGUGACCACCUUAACAUCAGCGUGUGUGACGUCACUGAGGAAAACAAGUCCUUUACUGUGACGGUGUAUAAUCCUAUUGCACGUGACGUAACUACUAUGGUUCGACUUCCGAUAGCAAGCAGCGCAAUGGCUGUUUACGGACCCCAUGGUAAGCCGAUCAAAAGCCAAAUACUGCCAAUCUCUGACGCCACGAUACAGCUCCGUAAAAAUCAAAAUCAAUCAAGCACCUCUUCCUUUGAAAUUGUUUUCAACGCUAAAAUUCCUGCUCUCGGCUUUGCCACGUACUUUUUGAACUCAACUGAGUUAUCUGCAACAAAUGAGUUGCAUCUAGAUCCCCCGAUAAAGGCUUAUGGAGAUGCCGAGGAAAUGUCGAUCGAGAAUGAAUUCAUCAAGCUUUCCUUUGCUCAUGGAACGGAUCAUUUGACAAGCAUGACGGAUAAGACAUCUAACGUCACCACGGCUCUCAAGCAAGCGUUUUACUGGUACAAACCCAGCAUUGGAGACGAAUUCAGCCAACAGUCUUCAGGGGCAUACAUUUUUAGACCUGACGAGAUCAAACCGAAUCUGAUCUCCCAGGGUUGGAGGACAAGAUUUCUCAAGGGUCCCCUGGUUCAAGAAGUGCGUCAAGUAAUAUCUCCCGUUAUCAGUCAGGUGAUUAGACUAUACACUGGUCAGCGGCAUGCUGAGUUUGAGUACACAGUUGGACCCAUUCCCAUCCGCGACAAUGGGGGCAAAGAGGUGAUCACUCGCUUUGAAACUGAUAUCAAAUCAACCAAGCUCUUUUACACUGACGCGAAUGGCAGGGAAAUGCAAAAACGCGAGUUAAAUUUCCGUCCCACGUGGAAUCUGGACGUUACAGAGCCAGUUGCUGGCAACUACUAUCCAGUCAACAGUCGAAUAUACAUCAAGGACGACGCUAAACAGUUAACAGUCCUGACUGAUCGUUCCCUGGGUGGGUCCAGCCUUAUGGAGGGCUCCAUGGAAAUCAUGUUGCACAGACGUCUGCUUGUAGAUGACUUUAGAGGCGUAGGCGAGGCCCUGAACGAGUCUGGAAUCUCCGGUAAGGGCUUGAUUGUCCGAGGGAAACUGUGCCUAACUCUAGCGCCGCCCCAGUCCUCUGCUGCUCUUCAUCGUGAACUCGGCGAGCUGAUGUUACUGGAACCUGUGCUUGCUUUCGCGCCCAACAGCCUCACUUUCAACAAGUGGACGAGUCAAUAUAACUCCUUGCACAGCGGUCUAAACCGUGAGCUACCCGCUAAUGUGCAUCUGCUGACCUUAGAAACCAUGGGCGACUCAGCGCUGAUCCGAGUGGAGCAUCAGUACGAGGCUGGCGAAGACGCUAAGCUGUCGCAGCCAGUUAACAUUUCACUUGAAGGUCUGUUUACUGAUUUUGAGAUCGAAUCCAUGACGGAAAUGAACCUGUCUGCAAAUCAGCUUCUGAAGGAUAAAGAACCUCUUCACUGGAAUAUUAAAACAAGAAAGGAAGCAGGAAAGAAGAAGAAGAGGAUGACUUCACGGGCGGCCACUGAUUUAAACGUGUAUCUGACACCCAUGCAGAUUCGCACAUUUAAAGCUGUCAUUAAACGCCACAGCAACAAAAACACGUUCAAAUAA